AUGGAAGUUCAUACAUCCAGCUUCAACCCGCCUAUGCGGAAAGGCGUACAUCCGUCCAAAGUCGCAGCCCCGGUGAGGCCGGCGCCACCACUCCACCAUGAAAUCAUAUCUUUAGGGGAUGAGAAAACCAUCUUGGAAAAGGAUAUAGCUAUUCCCAUGCGUGAUGGUAUCAAACUAUACGCCAAUGUUUACCGACCGACUGCGGGGACUGUUAAAAAGACACCUUCUAUUGUGCUGUUUUCUCCCUUUGGGAAACAUGGCGGUAUACCCACGGAUCUUUUCCAGAACAUGGGAGUGGACUUCGAGUCACUAAGUAAGCAUACACUCUGGGAACUACCCGACCCUUUGGUGUGGUGUGGCGAAUAUGGCUACUCUUUGGUUUUGGUCGAUGCGAGAGGUACGUGGUGGAGCGAAGGUGAGGCUGCCUACUACUUCUCUCCGGAGGAAGGUCGAGAUGGGUAUGAUAUUGUCGAAUGGAUCGCUAAACAGGACUGGAAUACGGGCAAAGUUGGCUGGGGGGCAGUCUCCUACUACGCCAUGUCAAUAUAUCAGACGGCUGUGCUGAAGCCUCCUCACCUUGCCGCUAUUAUGGCUUGGGAAGGUAUGUCCGAUAUUUAUCGAGAGGUUAAUGUCGUGGGGGGGAUUCCAAGUGUCCCUUUCCAGCACUAUUGGAUGAGUCUUACAGGAAAUAGCCUGGGCUGGAAUGAGAAUGCAGCGACGAUGCCUCUGGAACAGCCAAUGUUCACGGACUUAUGGUCGUCCAAGGUUGUAGACUGGUCGAAGAUCGAUAUCCCGGCCUUUUCGGUGACUGGGUGGUCUUCACUUGCGUUGCAUCUGCGGGGGACUAUCGGCUCCUGGAACGCGUUUGAAAGCGCACAAAAGUAUCUAUGGGUUCACAGCCUCAGGGAAUGGGAAGCCUACUAUUCCCCCGACGGUCAGCGUCGCCAAAAGGCCUUUUGGGACCGCUUCCUGAAAGACAAAGUGAACGAGGUCGAUGAGUGGUCGCCCGUGGAGCUAGAGGCAAGAGAGCGGUUCGGCAAGGCCGUGACCCGAUUUGAGCCCAGCUGGCCUCCGCCGACAUCAAAGCUCACUGCUUUUGCGCUUGGUGCGGAUGGCAGGCUGGUAUCAGACGCGACAUCUACGCCUGGCACAUCGGGGAGCGUGUCUUUUACAAGCCAUCACCCAGAUUCAUCCGUCCAGUGGGAGCACAAAUUCCAAACCCGCACAGAGAUCACGGGCAACAGCUCCCUGACCCUACAUCUCCAAGCCUUGCAGUCUCCCGACGCUGACCUGUACGUCGCUGUCCAAAAGCUGUCAAAGGACGGCAAACAAGUCAUGUGGUACAACAUAACCCAGAUCGCCGAGGCAUCCGCCAUGCACGGCUGGCUCCGCGUUUCGCAUCGCGAAAAGGACGAGUCGGCUAGCGUCCCUGGGCGGCCGGUACACACCCACCAAAGACGCCUGUGGCUGCAGCAAAGUGACGUAGUCAAAGUCGAGGUUGAGAUCUGGCCUAGCAGCACUAUCUGGGAGGCGGGCGAGACUCUACGAUUGGUCGUCCAGGGUCAUUCCUUUUUCGACCAAAACAUAGCCAUGGUGUCGAGGAGAUCCCACAGUCACAACUUUGGCGAAGUCAAAAUCUGGUUCGGCGGCGACUUCGACAGCCAUCUCUUGCUGCCCGUUAUUACGCAGAAGAGCCCAUGA